AUGAACGAUGGAGGACGACCAAGAGUGUGCAGAUGUGAAUCGACACCUGAUCACCCGCUAUUCCACCCUUGCAAAUGCUCUGGUAGCAUACGAUUUGUACAUCAAGACUGUCUCUUAGAAUGGUUAUCACACAGCAAAAAACAAUAUUGUGAGCUAUGCGAGUAUCCAUUCAUCUUUACGCCGAUAUAUCGAGACGACAUGCCCGACCGUAUCCCGAUCAAAGUAGUAUUACGACAAUGUGUACGGAGGUCCGGUGCAUUACUAUGGACAUGCUUUAGAGCAGCACUCGUCGCAACCGUAUGGCUUGUUAUCUUACCAUUCCUCACAUUGUACAUCUGGCGAUUCUAUUUCUGGACAGGCGAAAGCAUUGGAUUUGCAGAAAGACUCGCUCAAUAUCGCAAUCAAACCAUCGAAGCAUACAACAACAACAACAACAACAACACCGCAUCUUCAACAAACGAUUCAAAAAGUGGCAUAUUUGGAUAUGACAUCAACGAAUGCUUUGAAGGACAAAUCAUUACUGCGUUCGUCAUUAUCGUAUUUGUGGCAGCUUACCUCUUUCGAGAAUGGGUCAUUCAGCACACGCCCACUGAUACUGGAAUGGAGAUUGUGGAUGAAGAGCCAAUAGCAGUCGAUCAACCUGUUAUUCAAGGCGAACCUGCACGCGAGGCCAUCUUUGCUAUGCGAAACGGCACACCUCCUUAUGACCAAGACGACCAGGAACAUUUUCGACAAAUGAUUCGCAACAUGGCUGAACGCGUUCAUGAUGACAAUGAUCAACAUUCAUACGGCAGUGGAAGUGAUGAUACAGAACCAACGUACGAUGAUGAUUGGCAUGUUCACCAUCAUAUGGAUGACGAGCAUGACAGCCAUGACGAUGAGGAUGAUGAUGAAUUUGUAAACAGCAGCCGUCAACCUCUACGUGCAAGUUGGAGAGAAGAACAUGAACGACAUGAUGCAUCCUCAUCCAAUGUACGAUGGCGUGCACCUGAAUUUGAGGAAGGAGCAGCAGCAGCAGCAGGAGGUUCCUCAUCAGCUAUGCGACCUUUGGAAGAACACAAUCAACAAAACAAUGAUGACAAUGUCAAUCAAAUACCAAGAUGGCAAAAUAUUGCACCAGCUCGUGCACCACCAGUAGCACCAGUACCAGCAAUUGCACCAGCACCAGCACCAGCACCACCCCCUGUACAUGAUCAAUGGAACAAUGACAACGAUAACAAUGACGCCGAUAUGGAUGAUGAUGAGCCAUUUGAUUUACGAGAGGAUAUCGAUGGUGUAUUGGAAGCGAUUGGCAUGCGUGGUAGCAUGUGGAUGCUAGUACAAAACUCGGUCUUGAUGUCAUUGAUGAUCAGCCUUUGUCUCGGUAUAGCCAUUUGGAUUCCAUAUGUCAUUGGACGUUUGGUGAUUCUUAUUCGACCGAUUAGUUUCAUUCAUACGCCUAUCUCGAUUCUUCGCUUCGUCACUGAUCACGUUGUCGACUUUGUGUUGGAUUACGCUAUGCCAUACGCUCGAUCGAAAGCAUCAUGGAUCAGCCAAUUACUUCCAGAGAAAAUCUAUCUCGCUUUGCAAACAUUGGACGCCCACGUAUCAUCGUUAUUCAAUGCAAUUCAAUCGGAUUCGACAUCGACAUUAUCAUCAGCUACCACAAACACCGUUACUUCAGCAGCGACCAAUGGCACUGUGUCAUGGGGUAUGCACGUUGUUGCAAUGCAAGACAAGGUUGAAAUGAUUGCUUCAGUCGUAUUGGAUCGAUGGCAUCGCUUUGCACUUGGACAAUCCGGAUUAGAUCGCAGCAUUUGCAUUAUGAUGGGUUAUUUGGUUCUUAUCUUUGUGGGAUCCUGGUAUCUCGCUCGCAGUGGACGAAUUACACAUAACGAUGCCGGCAACAGCGUCAAUGAUAUGAUUCGACAACAAGGCGUGUUCUUGAAAGUGUUCUUUUUCAUCGUAUUGGAGCUUGUACUCUUCCCAACAGUAUGCGGCAUCUUGAUUGACAUGGCAGCGCUACCCUUAUUUGAAGAUGCAACACCAGCAAAUCGUUGGGAUUUCUUUAUGGAGAAUCCUUAUUCGAGCACGUUCUUGCAUUGGUUUAUCGGCACCGGUUUCAUGUUCCAUUUUGCAGUAUUCAUUACCUUGGUACGAGAAGUCGUGCGACCUGGUGUUAUGUGGUUUAUUCGUGACCCCAAUGAUCCACAAUUCAAUCCCGUACAAGAAAUGGUUGAGCGCUCUGUUUUGACUUUGAUUCGCAAGAUCGGUGCCAGUGCUUUGAUGUAUUGCGUAUUGAUCGUUGCUGGUAUUGGAUCAGUCACGUUUGUGGUCAGCCAAUACUCUGGCUUAUAUCCUCUUCGUUGGUCCUUUGAUACUCCUUUGUCAACGGUGGCUCUUGAUCUUCUUGCCGUUCAAUUCUUGGUGCCUCCCUUGGUUUCCUACAUUAAGCCACGCGAAUUAUCAAAGAAGGCCUUCACAGAUUGGUGUCUAGCAGCCUCCCGCCAAUUACGAUUAUCAUCAUUCAUGUUCAAUCUACGCUAUCCCGAUGAAGAAGGCACCCACGUACGACGCACUUUCAAAGCAUGGAUCACACGACAAAAGGCAACUGUGCCAUCGGAUGUAUUCGCUGAUGUUGCUAUUGAGGAAGAUCAAGAUGCACCAGUGGUAUUCAAGCGUGAUGGCAACCUUGCACGUGUCCCUAAGCAUGAUAGUGUGCCGGUGCUUGAUAAUCGACGUAUGGUCGUUCCUGUUGAUCCAGUCACUUUGGAGCCAUUGGAUGAAAAUGAGAGACGUUUGGGUCAUCCCGCAGCUUCUGAAUCGGGUGAUGUCGAGAACAACACCAUGAUUGUGUAUAUUCCACCUCAUUUCCGCUUACGGUUUUUGGCAUUUGCAUUGUCGACUUGGCUUGCAGGUUCGGCUUUGGCAUGUAUGGUUACAGUGCUCCCAAUCUUAUUGGGUCGACAUGUCUUUGAUGUGUACCUCGCAUCCGAAAAGCCCGCUCAUGACUUUUACUCGUUCAUUGUUGGUGCAUACAUUAUGGUCUUCCUCAGUAUGACAAUCAAUUGGAUCAGCCAAAAGUAUGAAGCUUUCUCUCACAGCAAUGGUUCGUUAUCGGCUGCGAUGUCACGUGCUUACCUUAAACAGAAGGCUGGAACAGUAUUGAAGGCGACAUACUUUGGUGUGGUCUUUGGCGUGGCGCUUCCUUUGCUAUUGGGUGUUGCGGUUGACAUGUACAUUUUCAUGCCUAUCCGGUAUUCAAAGUCGACGGAUGCUUUGGUUAUUCAUAUCUCAGAAGAUUGGUCUCUCGGCAUAGUUUAUCUUUCUAUCAUCUAUGGAAUUGCACAAAUCUUGCCUGCCAACCCAUUACAACGAUUCCUAAACGACACCUUGGGCAACAACAUCAUGCGAGCUGAUACGGCACUUGUGACACGAUCAUUAAUUGGACCUUCGAUUAUGGGUGUCAUUGGCUUUAUUCUGGUACCUGGAUUGCUGGCAUUGGGUACUGUGCACAUGCUAGGUAUUACGGACCCUCCCAUGCAAGUCGCCUUGUUCCGUUGUGCAUAUCCUGUGGUCUUUUGUUUUGCAAUCUUGUGCGGCAUCGUAUUAUUGGGAUCUCGAUUUGCCAGGUUAUGGCUUGAUGAAGUCCGGGAUGCAACCUACUUGGUCGGCAAACGGCUGCACAAUCUAGACGAACAAUCCACAUCUGCUGCUUCUACAUAG